AUGGCUAAACUUGAUGCAAAUUCAUUGAAUCAGAGGACCUAUAACAAUGGCUAUUCAACUCUUUACUCCGAACCAAAGCCAUUGAAUGUUUUGCCGCCGGUUCAUUAUGAAUCUAAGCAGAGUGCUUAUAGGAAUCCAUCACAAACAAAAACAACUGAGGAUGCGAUGAUGAAGAUAAUGAGCUAUCAGAGCCAUAACAACUCAUUUGGUUGCCAGGCUAGUAGCAGUAACAAUCAACACCUCUCAUGCAAUGGACCUCUUUAUGUCAACCCUGCACCUUGGACGUGGUUUAAUAAGGCCGAUUCUUCAGUGAGAUCCGUUGCCUCAACCAUGCAGCCGAUGCAGCCAUACAAGCAAUUUCCAAUGACAAGUUUUCCUCAACAGUCGCUCUUUUCUGAAAUCAAUGAAUUCAAUGGUACUGCUGAAUUUGAGAGAAGGGAUUAA